AUGUCUCUCGAACGUCAAGUACGCGCUAAGCUCGCCUCAAAGCGUAACCCUGAACAAGAAAAGGAAUGCCAGGAAUGGAUUGAAUCAGUCCUUGGUGCCAAGUUCCCCCCCAGCGAGGCCUUUGAGGAUGUCCUUAAGGACGGAACCGUCCUUUGUCAACUCAUCAACAAGAUCAAGCCUGGCUCCGUCAACAAAAUCAACACCUCUGGUGGACAAUUCAAAAUGAUGGAGAACAUUACCAACUUCCAGGCCGCCAUCAAAAACUAUGGUGUUCCGGAUAUCGAUGUAUUCCAAACAGUUGACUUAUGGGAAAAGAAGGACAUUGCCCAAGUUGUAAGCACACUGUUUGCUUUGGGACGUGAGACUUACAGACACGCCGAAUGGCAAGGACCCUACCUCGGACCCAAACCUGCCGAUGAAUGCAAGCGCGAUUUCUCCGACGAAGUCCUGAAAGCUGGUCAAACCGUAAUUGGUCUCCAGGCUGGUUCCAACAAAGGCGCCACACAGGCCGGUCAGAACCUCGGUGCUGGUCGCAAGAUCCUCCUCGGAAAGUGA